AUGGUUCAAGACUUCUCCCAGGACUGGGAGCACGAAUGGGAUCCCUUUGAUGCCAUUGGAUUUCCCGAGAUUGGUCGUCAUCCUCCCUCUCAAAGAGACUUUGACCGGGCUGUCAAAUACGCUCGGUUCAUGACCGACCCUGACCGUGUCAGGGAAGCAGGUGAUGCAGCAUCCCAUCUUCCCUACACCCGAGACCAAGUCAAUGAGGCGGUCCUCUACUUCACCAACGGCGAGGACAAGCUCGACACGGAGACCUGGGAGUGGGCGUUCUACGACAUCAUUGUCCAACGCCAGGACAAUCAGUAUCGCCGCUCCUGGGCGCCCUACACUCGCCGCUGGGCGUCGUGCGUCCUCCAGCAACCCAUCAUCAUCGAUAUCGGCAAGUCGCAUAAGCAGCCGUCGACCACUACGCAGGUUGCCGCUUCAUACUCACCCCUGUCGCCAAAACCAGCUGCGACAGCAUCCCGUAACUUAGUGACCCAAACGUCGGCUUCGCGCACCCGGCUGGCCAGCACAACGAUUACUUCGCCUUACUUUGAGACCCCAGCCAACGGGUCGAGAUUGGAAGACCAAGACGUGGUUAUGACCUCGGCUGAUGGGCAGCUUGAUCUAGCCAACGCUUCUUUGCAACCUCCGUCCAGGAACAUCAAGGCUGAAGACCCAUUCGAAGACAUGUUCCCAUCACAAUCAUCACCAGCUAACGGAUGGGAGCACCGCAUCCUCCUCGGCUUCCACAGACCCCAGCUGGAGCUUGCUGGCCGGCACAACACGGUCGAGUCGGAUAACCGCAUGCCCGAUGUGGGGCUGGCUCGACAAACGCGGUGCCGUCCAGCGCCGCCUCAGCAAGUUCAACCUCGCGGGCAAACUGGUUCCGUACGCAUACCGGCCCGAGCACCUCUCCACCCCGGACCACAGAGACAUUGUGUUCCAGCCGGAGCUUCGCGGUUUUUCGAAGCGUCAGAUCCGCCAGAAGAUCAAGGACGCCCGGGAGGAGCCGCCCAGGGAGCAUCCGGGUUGGGUGCGCACACAGACUCCGCUGCCGUCUGCUUGAUCAUCGACUGUAUAGGAAGCUUGGAAGGUGCGUAUUAUCAGAGUGGUGGGCUGAGCUGGGAUGCACGGGUGCCAAAUUUCAAGACCGCGGGCGGUGCUUAG